AUGGCGCCCAGUCAAAGAGGCUGGGAGAUGAUCGAGAUCGUUACGGUCUUGGUCUUCCUCAGCUUGGUGUCGGUCGUGCUACGCAUGUUUGCUCGUCUUCGGAGGAGAGUCGGCUUUGGUGUCGAUGACUACCUGAGUUCAGUGUCUAUAGUUCUGCUCAUUGCGAUGUUGAUUGAGUUGAUUCUUUGGUGUUCGAUCGGAGGCAAUGGAGCCCAUGCUGCGGAUCUAGAUCCCAAAACAUUCAUGAACUACUGGAAGAUCUUCCUCGCCAACCAAUUCACCUAUUUCUUGCUCUGCCCAUGUAUCAAGAUUUCCAUCAUCUGCUUCUACCGUCGGGUCUUCGCAACCCCGCGCUUCCAGCAAUUCACGUUCGGUCUGAACAUCCUGAUCGCCGCAUGGGGCACAGGAAUCUUCCUAGCCUGCGCAGGUCAAUGCCGACCUCUGCGCGCCUACUGGGACAAGAACAUCGAAGGAUCAUGCUUCGACGCUCAAGAAUUCAUCAUCGUCAACCAAGCCUUCAACAUCCUCAUCGACUUCGUCAUUCUCGGCCUGCCUAUUCCAAUGAUCUGGAACCUGCACCGCGCCUGGCAAGACAAGCUCGCAUUAAACGGCGUCUUCGCCCUCGGCGCCUUCGUCUGCUUCGCCAGUAUCUACCGCAUCGUAGUCCUAUUUUGGAUCAGUCCCAUGGACCCCACCUACACCGUCUACCAAGCGACAUUAUGGACGCACAUCGAGCCCGCCGUCGGACUCAUAUGUUCCAACCUACCGAUUAUCCGCGGUCUGUUCCCGGCGUUGAAAUUAAAGGGCUCGCGCAAUGGAACCGGUCCCCAGUAUAUCAAUACUGGGUAUACGAACUCCAUGUUCUUGUCCAAGGGCAGUCCGCGCUCGCCAGAUCUGGAGUAUAUGAAGAUGCAGUCAGCGCUAUACAAUGCUCAGGUCGAGAGCAAGUCGCCUGGGUUCUUGGGUGAUGAUCUUCAUCCUAUGGAUAUCAAUGUUCAGACUGAUAUCUCCAUUCGACCCAAUGAUUCUACGACUACGCUGCACCAUGCGAGUGACUCGGUCUAA